AAUGUGAACUUGGGAAUUAUGGUAGACUCAUUUCUUAAACAUUCCACGAUUUUUGUAUUAUUUUCCUGAUAAAAGUGCAUUUUUGCAAUGAAAUGGAGAGCCAGAAUCCAAGAGAAAGUGUGAGUUGUGCGAGUUGCCUGAAUGACAUUGGUGAUGAGGACUAUGUGUCUGCACUUGCCCAAGACUGGCACAAGGACUGCUUCAGGUGUUCGGAUUGCGACGCGCAGCUGACGACGUGGUACUUCGAGAAGGAUGGCAUGCUGUUCUGCCAGGCGGACUACUGGGCGCGCUUCGGCGAGAACUGCCAGCAGUGUCGACAGGUGAUAACGGGCCCGGUGAUGGCGGCGGGCGAGCACCGCUUCCAUCCCGAGUGCUUCGCGUGCACGGCGUGCGGCGCGCACCUCGAGGACACGGAGCCCUACGCGCUGCUGGACCGCGCGCAGUUGUACUGCGGUGCGUGCUAUGAGAGUGGCGGCGUGGGGCGCACGCAGCGCGACGCGCACGCCAUCCGCGUGCUGCGCGCGCCCGCGCACGCGCUGCGCCUCGCACCCGCGCACUGCGGCGCGCUGCUCGUGCACCACGGGCGCUGCGCGGACAAAGUGCGCGGCGUGGCGCGCGCGCUGCUGCGAGCCGCCCUGCGCGCCUGCCUUCGCCUCGUCUGCCAUAGCAUCGACUCUCGCUGCGGGCUGCUGACGUUGCACAUCGGCGACAAGGUGCUGGAAGUGAACGGCGCGCCCGUCGCCAACAGACCGCUGGCGGAGAUAGAGCGGGUGCUGGCCAGGCCCGAGAUCAUACAGUUAACGAUAGAACACAAUCCAGAUACAAUAAAUGCUAAGCGAGGCACUUCAGACCCCCAAACACAAUCCGAAGACGAGAGGCUCAAAAACGAGCCCAAGUCCCCUGUGGAGAGAAAAAUCCUCAAAGAUGACUCGAAAAAACACAUUCCUAAUACACAUUCCAAUGAGGAGAGGAGCCCGGAGGAGCUAGUCGUGAGGAAGGAGAGAUUGUUCAAGAGGAAAGGAGAGGACGGCGGGAAGACGCGGGUCAUCAAGAGGCGGCAGGUGCCUUUGUCUCCUCUUUUGGGUGAAAAAGAGAGAAGCAGCAGUAUGUCCAAAUUGCUGGACGUUGUGGACGGAGAAGAGCCUAGCGGAGUCCUGGGAGACCUCAGCAGAGCUCGCUCUUUCCGCGCGGAGCCCGCGCCGGGACAGAAGGUCUUCCGUGCUUCUGACCUUAUACAGGGCGAGUUGCUGGGCACGGGCUUCUUCGGGCAGGUGUACAAGGUGACGGUGCGCGCCACGGGCGAGGAGAUGGUGCUGAAGCAGCUGUACCGCGUGGACGAGGAAGCGCAGCGCAACUUCCUCAAGGAGGUGGCCGUGCUGCGCUCGCUGCGCCACCGCUGCGUGCUGCGCUUCGCGGGCGUGCUGUACCGGGACCGGCGCCUGCAUCUCAUCACGGAGUACAUCGCCGGCGGAACGUUGCACGCGCUGCUACAGGACGGGUCGCGCGCGCUGCGCUGGUGCGAGCGCGUGCGGCUGGCGCGGGACGUGGCGGCGGGCGUGGGCUACCUGCACCGCAUGAACGUCAUCCACCGAGACCUCAACUCGCACAACUGCCUCAUCCGACCCGGAGAGGAGCUGAGCGUGGUGGUGGCGGACUUCGGGCUGGCGCGCAUCGUGCAGCGCACGGCGAGCAGCGCGCCGCCGCACGCGUCGCUGCGCCGCAAGCGGUACACCGUGGUGGGCAACCCCUACUGGAUGGCGCCCGAGAUGAUGAACGGCAAGCUGUACGACGAGAAGGUGGACGUCUUCUCCUUCGGCAUCAUACUGUGCGAGAUCAUCGGUCGCGUGUCCGCGGACCCAGACUUCCUGCCGCGGCGCUCGGACUUCGGCCUGAACGAGCGCGCCUUCCUCGACAAGUUCUGCGCCUCGUGCCCCGAGCCCUUCUACCGCCUCGCCUUCCUCGCCUGCCAUCUGGACCCGGACGCCAGGCCCCCUUUCGAGGUGAUAGAGAUUUGGCUGCAGUCCCUCGUGAUGCACCUGUCGAGCCCCGGCCCCCUGCCGCCCACGCUGCUGGCCGACAUCCUGCAGUACGGCGGCGCCGCCAGCCGCGGACACGCCACGCCCGAGUGCUGCCCGCACGCGGCGGACAACGGCAUCUUCUGCGUCAACGACGUGCAGUGCUGCCAGUGCACCGACAUCCGCAGGACGAACAGCAGGGCGGGGGGAGACUGGGCCGCGCAGGGCGUCGUCAAGUCUCAGUCGAACGCAACGUUGGAAUCCACCACGGUGCUCCGCUCGGACGAGGGCGGGGGCGGCGUAGCGCGGGCGCGGGGAGGCCGCGCGCUCGGCAAGUGCGUGUCGGCGAGCCACCUGGCGCCGCGCCGCGUUACGCUCACGCCCGCGCCACGUCGCCUGUCCAAGAGCACGCACGCGCUCGCGCCCGGCUACAUCCUGCGCGCCGACGGCGACGGCAUCAACAUCACGCGGGUGGACGACAUCUCGGAGUGGCUGGAGCCGCCCGCGCUCAAGCGCAGCAGCCCCGACUCGCACCUCAACGACCUGCUGGCCGACCACAAGACGCGGCGCGUGCACGACUCGCCCGCGCCGCGCGACCUGCCCGCCUUCCUGCGCAACCAGUCCGUGGACGGGCUGCAGGCCGCCGACGCGCCGCUGCGCCGCGACGACUCCGACUCCUCCUCCGACGACGACGCCGACUGCGGCGCGCAGCUCGCCGGCAUGGUGCGGCGCGGCGGACACCUGCUCGCGCAGCGCGCCAGCUACGACCUCGCCGACGUCACGCUCCGCCGCGACGCCGAGCGCGGCGCGGACGACGUCGACUGCAAGCGGUUCAACAUCGACUACCACACCCGCUCCCCAGCCGCGCCCGAAGCCGUCGAGAACGUCCCCAAAACGCCCGAACCCAAACCGGAAAAACCCAACUUCUUCGCCAAAAAACUUUUAUCCCCCAAACUCAGUCGGCUGUUCAAACCGAACACCGCCGAAGCCUUGCGGAAGUCAGAUACGGACGAUAAAGGGGAUAAAUCCAGGAGCAAAUUCUUUAUUCAACGCCCGACUUCCCCCGGCCUGACUCGCUCCACGUACAGAAUUCGACCCGUGAACGACGAGAAGAAACCGAAUCUAAACCAAAACGUACUCAAGAGCGACGUGAAACUCGCCAGCAUGGGCAAACCGAUGACUCCUAUAUUCAGGCGACACGUGCCCUCCGAAAAGUCCGACUUUGCCGACGUGAGGUUUAGCUACAGAGAACGGAGGUUCGAGCCGAAAUCCCAGGACAAGUUCGAAGCGAGGGCGAGGCUCAAGGCGAAUCCCAUGGGCGCGGUCGAAAAGAAGCUGACGCAGCUCGGUCGCGGCGCGCCCAACAACGCGGCGCUGACCCCAGUGCUGGAGAAAAGGGACAAAAUGAUCGACAAGGACAAAGAGGAGAAGGGCUUGCCGAAGAAGAGGGAGAUAGGCAUCUCCCGCAGCAACUAUGUGAACAUGGCCAACUUGAGGAUCAGCAAGGAACUCGGCCAGAGCGGGAGGCGCAAGUCGGGCGCGCGCGAUGAAAACUCGCCCGUCGAGAGAGUUAUUUAGUUCGCUGUGGUGGAAUAUAUCGCACGGAGGUUACACGCUCACUUAAGCAUCAAGCACCGUGAUUCUCCACUUCUUUUUAAUCUGUUUGAUGGUAUUCCAGAGUAUGGAACUAUGGGCUGGAUGGUAACAAAUUGAGCGUGCAACUACCGUUUUACAAUUUGAGUACAAUUGGUUUGGACUUGCACCGACGGAACGUAGACUUGCUGCACAUUCCAAAAAGUCUGAGCUUCUUUCAUUCCAAAAUUUAAGCUCGGCGAAAAUCAGCUGCAGUCAAAUGUUUCAAGUAUAGUCCGUACAAAAUGAGAACUCGUUCGCCGUUUUAACUAUGUAUCAGCUGUCAUACCAAAAGUACGGUUUAUCUUUAAAAUAAGUACUAAAAUCGUACUUUUGACAUGACAGUUGAUACAUAAAGUUAAAUGACGAGUGAGAUCUCAUUUUGAAUGCAUUCAUUAUAAACAAUUUUGGAUUUCAUAACGGAAAUGAUAUCGGGUAUGUGUGAAAACGCUUCAGUUCAAAAGCGUAGUAUAGUAUCGAAAGUUUAUACAAUUUGCUACUUUUGUCAAAUUAACUAAUUAUUAUAGUUCUUGCAUGUCACGGGCGCGCGUGGCGCAUGCUUGUAGUAUCGGUGUAAGUACAGUGAAUGUGUGUGUUCGGGUGCGCUUGCUCGCGCCUGAUUGGUCGGCCAGGCCGUACACUGACGCAAUGCGCUUGUAUACGACGUAACCACAAGUGAAGCUUACGCGCGCUCGUGAAUCGCAACAACUAUACAAUAUAAAAUGUUACAUUUUCAAAGUUACAGAAACCUAUUCAAAGUGUUAUCUAUUUAGUGUUUUAUGUUGUAUACGAGAUCGACUGUGCCUUAGCAACAUACAACAUAGCAGUCUACUGACAGUGAUAUGUUCAUACAAAAGAAAUUUUAAUUUUAAAUCAAAUAACUCCCUCCUGCGGUAUUUUCACUAGAUUACAACAUGGGGUUAUUCAGGGGGCGGACCAACA